CUUGAGAUAUUCGAAGAGUGAAACACUGGCUUUCAAUAUGGUAGCUGCUGGCAACGUUUUGAAAUCACUGGAACAUGUCAGUGAAGCCUCUAAGGCUAGAAUAGCAUUUCCCAUGAAAAAGUAUGCCACGGAGGGUAAAAAUAUUCCCUUGAAGAAGAAUUGGUCGGAGAGCUGGUGCACUUUGUCGGCACAUUUUGAGACAGUUAGUGAUCAGUUUUUGAAUUUGGAAUUGCGAAAGGAUGAUGUUUUUGUGGUGACGUUUAUGAAGUGUGGCACUACCUGGAUGCAAGAGUGUGCCUGGUUGCUGUUGAAUAAUCUGGAUUAUGAGAAAUCAAAGGAAGAGGUGGUGAUGAUAAGGAGUCCUUUUCUGGAUUUCCAUGGCAUUUUGCCUGGUCUACAAAAUCACGUUGAGUUAAUUGAAAAAUUACCCAGUCCACGUCUAAUCAAAUCUCAUUUACCGGCCAACUUAUUACCUCUUCAAAUAUGGGAAAAGCAACAAAAGAUAAUUUAUGUGGCCCGCAAUGUCAAAGAUGUUAUUGUAUCGUCCUUUCAUUUCGUCAAGAACUUGGGAAUGUGGCAUGGUGACAAUUUCCAAGAUUAUGUUGAAGAUUUUCUAAACAAUGAAAUCAUUUAUACCCACUUCUGGUCUCAUAUAGUGGACUUUUGGAAAAUGCGCCAUGAAUCGUUUAUAUUCUUUGUUACCUAUGAGGAAAUGAAACGUGAUUUGUCAGAUGUUUUGCAAAGAUUGUGUAGCUUUCUGGAGAGACCUCAACUGACAAAAGAGGAAAUGCAAGGGCUAUUGCAACAUUUAACAUUUGAUAGCAUGAAAAAAAAUAAGAAAACCAAUUUAACCUAUUUACUGAAGGGUGACAAUCCUGCCGUUAAGGAAGAUUUUCAAUUCAUGCGUCGCGGUAUUGUGGGUUCCUUUAAAGACGAACUUACCCCCGAGUUGAUUGCGAAAAUAGACAAAUGGUCUGCUGACUUUUUAGGUCAGCAUGGUUUGAAGGAAGAGGAUAUUUUUGGUAAACUUUAAGUCUCAAUAGUAUUAUAAUUAAUUGAAAAUGUUGUUAAUAGUUAGUAUUAAAUACACAUAAGAUAAAUUAAAUGAAAAAAAUAAUCAAA